GCGAGCGUUGCGCCAGGAGGAAGCCGCGGCCCGCUCCGGGAGCGAGACGCGGAGCGGUGACGAGUCGCGAAGCGAGGCCCGCGGGGGACGUGCGUCGCUCUCUCGUGGCCGCGGCCGCCAGACCGAGAUCAAGAUGGACUGGGAGCUGCUGACGAUGGCGAGUCUGCAUCUGACCGCGACCGAGCACCGCUACUACGGCGACAUAUUCAUCUACUGCUGCGAGAACGCGGACGGCGACAGCGUGUCCGUGAUGAGAGCCGCCGAGCUGCUGCGCUCGGCCAACCUGCCGCGGGACGUCACGAUGAAGAUAUUGGACAUCUGCAUGGGAACCAAGGGCAACACGCAUCUGGGGAAGAAGCAGUUUUACGCGGUGCUGAAACUCAUCGCGGUCCACCAGGCUGGCUUGGAGAUCUCCCGGGACAUGAUAACCGCGUCUCUGGACGUUAUCACCUUGCCGAGAUUCACGUGGCCAACGUCCGGCGAUGAAGAUGGCAGGAGGAGCCCGGACAUAACUAGAGGGGCGAAGGGUAGACAUCACGCACCCGAGAGCACCACCGAGAGCGAAAGCGAGGCGGAAUCUCCGCGGGAGGCCGGCGGCAGCACGGACUCUCCCACGCCGACCAACAGCGUGACCCAAGAGAGAAACGACGGUAUGCUGGGCGGUGAGACGAUCCUGGACUCGGUUUCCGGCGGUUGGCAGGGCUUGUUGGUUUCCGAGGAGCAGAGACAGCUGUUGGGCACCGAGGAGGAGAGCUCGGAGCGUCACAGUAGCGACGAGGGUGAAGGGGAGGGUGACGGGUCCGGUUUCCCGCCGGAGGAAGUGUGGAUUAUCAGCGACGAGCAGCGUGAUUAUUACGCCGCGCAAUUCGCGCAGCUGCAGCCCGACCCGGAGGGCCUCCUGGCCGGGCCCGUGGCCAGGACGUUUUUCGAAAAGUCACGGCUGCCCGUCUCCGAGUUACGGCGCAUCUGGCAGCUCGCGGACGUGACGAGAGACGGGGCGCUCAGUUUGCAGGAGUUCUACGUGGCUAUGCAUCUCGUCGUGCUGAGGAGGAACCACGUGCCUCUGCCCGACGUUUUACCUCCGUCCCUGUCGAUCCCGCUGGUCAUGCAGGCAACAGCGACUACUGCCGCGUCGCAAAUCCCGUCGGCGACAACUGCUCAAAAGUCACCGCCGAACUCGGCGAACGUCCGCGAGAAGAACAGGGAGUGGACCAAGUUCGUGGACUCGCCGACCGGAGCGAGCAGCUCCUCGGUCACCAGCCCGGGGCUGCAGCUGGUGAAUUUCGAUUUCCAAAAGUCAGCCGUCGAACGCGACCCGAAGAUCCUGCAUCCGGUGCCGCUGCGUUUAACGCCCGAGGCGGCGAUCCUUGCCUCGGGCGCCAACGGCAGCAGCAGCAGCUGCACAACCCUGGGGGACGACGAUCUGCAACAUUCCGCGGCGUCGUUAGUGCAACGACCACUCGCGAAGAAACCCCCCGCGGCUCCCGAGGACGCCGUUAUCGUGACUCCUAAGAAGGAGCCGCCGCCUCCACCGCCGCCCAGACCGUACAGAACACACGCGCGCAGUUCUAGUCUCGAUCUUAAUAAAUUAGGAAAAAAUGGUCAAAGUUUUCUCGGGGCACCGCCGCUUGUACCACCUAGAAUCUCGCCAGGAAUUACUUCGCCUCGCAAAUUGGUCGGCCAAAGGAGCGAGGGUGAGGGACAGAGAACGUUAAGCGAAAGUCAAGCUUUUGUCGCCGACUUCUCUCACUUUUCUCUCAAGAGUGAAUUGCCUGAGAGUACGGUACCGUCUGUAGAAAACACGGUACCACAAUCUCAACAAUUCACCGGUGUGUGCGGAGCAUUUCAUAUUUAUAGGAAACCGAGUCCAAAACGAGACGGCGGUGAGGAAGACAGUAAGAACGAAGCGGAGGACGAAAAGAAAUUAACCUUACAAGAAUUAAGGGAAAAGAAUGCGGAACUACGCUUAGUCUGUGAAGAACUGACACGUGAGCUGGCUAGCGCGCUUCAGGAACGUAUAAAUCUGCGUGCAAAACUCUUGCUCUUGACUUGAUGUGAUUACUAUUCGCUAUCAUUCAUUUGUUCAAAGUUACGAGGUAUUGUGUACCCUCAAAUCAUUGUAAACACAUGUAUUUAAUACGUUAUGCUAGUCUAGAAUUCCUCUUUUUCCUAACGAAGUAUUCAUCCGCAUUCAUAACAAUCAACGUAGACAGACAGAUGCGGCAGGGGACGCGAUUUACAAAAAAAAAACAAAGAAAAAUAUUACAUAGAUAUUUUAUACUUGAGAUUGAAAGAGUGUCUAUGGCAUAAAUUAUGAACAUGUAUAUACAAAGCUGAUUAUGAUCUCUAUAUUGAUAUAUAACAAGUGUUUGCAAAUUUGCUUUUGUCAAGUUUACAAGCUCAUUGUUCACGUUUACAUGUAAAAGUAUUUAAAAAAUUCACUCAGGUUUAAAGCCUACGUUAUUGAAUUCCCCUGUGAUUUAUUGAUUUGUAUAUUAUGCAUGAAACUUCCUUUUUCAUUGCCUCGAAUUUAUAUAUAUAUAUAAAAGCACGCCGCGCAUACAGGUGUAUCUGUCGCGUUGUUAUUCUAUUUCGGUAAAGAUAUUUGAACGUAUGAUUGUGAUUUAUAUGCGCAAAAGUGUGUUAAUUUUAUGAGAAUUAUAUAAGAUAUUUCAUAUUCCUGUUUAUUAACGAAUCUCUCUUCUGAAGAGCUUUGUUUGCCGUAAACAGAAUCGUACCCGUUUUUAAUUGGUUGUGUUGUAAAGACAAAGUAUUUAUCGUUUGCAACAAAAUCGAAUUGUAUUUUCGUAUGGCUUGAAACUUUUACAAGAUGGCGUCAACGGGGAAAUGGAAUAAUCGGGACUGUUAUGACGUUAUAUUUUAUUCCGUGAUAUAACAAGUGUACCUAUAAAAUACCUGUUACAUUUUGAAGAAAGAUAUACAAGAAAAGUGGAAUCUGCAGGAACAGAAUACUUCGAGAAGAAAUUUAUAUAGAUAUAUAAUGCUCAGAAUCAAUUCACGUUGAGUACGUCGAUUUUGGUGUAUCUAUAAUUUUUGAAAGGAUUAUAUAGAUUCCUAUUGUAGAUUUUAAGAAAUAGAAGCUGUAGCGUUCGUGCAAGCUGUUCGAGGCCUGAGAAGAAUAUAGAUCUAUCAAAGCCACAUCUGUGCAACAAAACUGAAUUAAUAUAAUAAUCGACAUUCCUUCCAGCUAAUUUCGCGGAUAUCUCUAAUAAUAGCGAUUACUCUUAACGGACGUAGGAUUGUCUAAUAAAAAAAACUAAUAAAAAAAAUCUGCACAAAAUUUUCAAACUUUUCUUUCUUUGUAAAAUUCGAUCUCCGUGGCUCAGUUCCAUAUAAGUCUCAGCGCUUUAUUUAUGAAUCGCCAUUUCUAUCCAAUCAAAUAUGUAUUGAUUCGUGAUUAACGUUAAGACUUCUUUCUUAUAUUUUCAAACUCUUCUUUCCUACAGAUAGCGAAUAAAUAAAAUUGCCGACCGUUGUUACUAAUAACUCUUUGUGCCAUAACGCGAAAUUUUGAAGUAUAUAUAUAUAUCGUCAUCAGUAAUCGACAGUAUUCUUGUCAAAUAUCACGAGACUACUUAGAGGUAAAAGCUUGAAAAAUCAACGAGUCAUGCGACAAAGAUUUUUUGUAAUUAUAGAUGUAAAAAUUAUACAAAAUUAAUACUUAUAUCAGAAUUAUCUCUGAUUUAUUAUCUACGAGCCUGUAAAGGAGAAAUGUAAUGAUGUAGAAUACAUAUACAGAAGUGUCUGUCGGAUAUGAAUAAAGAAACUACUUUAGUUUCAUAACAA